AUGGCUAUCAUAGCAGCACCAAAGGGCAUGGAUCGUGCCUUGAUCACAAAGAUGGGCGCCAAAUACGACACAGCAGCCGAAGCUGAAGUAAGGCAAUGGAUAAAAGAAUUAUUAGAUAUUGAUAUUGGUACCGGUACAUUUGAAGUUGAGAAGAAUCUAAGAAAUGGUGAAACUUUAAUGAAAUUGAUUAAGAAAAUCUACGAAGGAACACCAAACAAACCACCAGCAUGUGAUAAUAUCAGAAUUAAAGUUAAUCCCCCAACUUCUCACUUCAAACAGAUGGAAAACAUUGAACUCUUUUUGAAAGCGUCGAAUGCCUAUGGUGUGAAGCAGUCUAGUUUGUUUCUAACAUCAGAUUUAUUUGAAGGUAGAAACAUGGCUAUGGUCUUAGCAACAAUUUUGCAAGUAGGAACCGAAGCACAACGACAUGGUUUCGAAGGUAAAACUUGUGGAUCUAAACCUACUGAAAAGCACAGAGUUGUAUUUACCGAAGAACAGCUAAGAGCAGGAGAUACCAUUAUUGGCCUUCAAGCCGGAACAAACAAAUUGGCUUCACAGAAGGGUAUGACGAUCGGUGGAGUACGUCACGUUGCUGAUAUUAAGGCUGAUGAUUGUCUCCGAGAGGGUCAAGGUGUAAUUGGUCUCCAAUCCGGAACUAAUAAAUUUGCUUCACAGAAAGGAAUGUCUUUCGGAGCUGUACGUCACAUCGCCGAUAUCCGUGCUGAUGAUGCCAUCCAAGAGGGCCAGGGAGUGAUUGGUCUCCAAUCUGGUACCAACAAAUGCGCCAGUCAAGCCGGUAUGGUUAUGGGGGCUGUGAGACAUGUAUCAGAUAUCAGAGCUGAUGAUGCUGUACAAGACGGACAGGGUGUCAUCGGCUUGCAGUCAGGAACAAACAAAUUUGCCAGCCAGAGUGGCAUGUCUUUCGGAGCUGUCCGUCACAUCGCUGACAUCCGAGCUGAUAAUGCCGCCCAAGAUGGUCAAGGUGUUAUUGGUCUCCAGUCCGGAACAAACAAAUUCGCUUCACAGAAAGGUAUGUCUUUUGGAGCUGUACGUCACGUGUCCGAUAUCAGAGCUGACGAUGCUGUUCAAGAUGGCCAGGGUGUUAUUGGUUUACAAUCUGGUACAAAUCAAUUUGCCUCACAGAAAGGUAUGAUGGGUAUGGGAGCCAUGAGACACAUUUCAGAUAUUAAAGUUGAAGAUAUGGCCGCAGACUCCAAAUCAGCUAUUAACCUUCAAUACGGUAAUCCAUCCGGGGCUAACCAAUCUGGUAUGUCCUUCGGUGGUAGAAGAGAUAUCUUAAAACCAAAGCCAAUUGAAAUCCAAGAAGACGAGUAAUCUGUAUUCUUUAAAUGUAUUAGAAUCUGUUCCGUGGAAGGUGAUGAAUACCAAUAGGACACGAAAGGAAACAAAAAUAUCCCAUGCAUCAAAACAAUGAUUACCAAAUCAAUGGUUACUUUCGCUUCUUUUUUAAUUUUUUGUCAGAUUUUUGAACUAUCUGUAUUUUGUUCUCUUGAAAAACAAACUGUAUAUAUAUCAGCUUUCUUAUUUAAGUUCCUUAACGUCACGCAACUAUAACAUACUCAUGUGCUCAAUUUCAAAAGUCUAGGUAGUUGCAUGUAUGAAGUGAAUUAGUUGUGCCAAUCUCUGCCCAUUUCCUAAGAUCAUUUGUAGUUGAUCAAGUUCACAUAAGCCCGGAAACUUGCCAGUGCCCAACCCCAAAUCUCUACUACAUAUCAUUCGAUAGUCUUCCACUGAGAAAAUAACCGAUAAAAAUGUUGAAUUAAUCUUAAUAUAAGUCAUCGGCUGCUUCUGAUUUGUCAUAUUUGAAUUAAUUUCAAUGGUUACCUUGUAGUUAAAACAAAAAUAAUCCACGAGGCCUUUUACUUUGUCCGUCCAAAACAUGUAAAAGAUGGAUAUAGAAAGAGAGUUUCUAGUUGCCAAAAGUAGUUUACCAAACCUUUUUGGACUGUUAGUGCCUGAACAAAGUAGGCAUCUUUUGAUUUAUUUUGUAAGAAAAUAUAUUUGUUUCAGUUUUUUUCGAUGUAAAAAUUUGAAAAAUUAUUUGUACGCUUUAUUUUAUAUGUUUUAUAAAUAUGCUAAAGAAAUACUCAUCAUCGCUCUAGUGAAGAUUUAACACUCGAAAGACUUCCAAAUACACGCUGAGACAAGCGAUACAACUUCUAAUUUUUGAUGAACAAGUUUUUUAUUUCACUUUUUCACAUUUUAGAAUUAAGUGGUUCAAAGCGUAUUUAUGAUUGAAUAAAUUAUUGUUCAUUGAU